UCUCCGCUUCACGUUCAAAUCAAACGAGUUCGAGUCGCGUUCGGUUCUGGGUGAUUCCUGUUUUCGUUGUGCUACGGCGAAAUAAAAUUAAGCCCAAAUCCACGAUCAAAAGUAGCAUUAAACUGUGUCCCGCUUUAGUGCAAGUGUUUCCCUAGUGAAAUGUGGUAAAAUCUUUGAGGGAAAGUCGAGAAAGUGGGGUGAAUUGAGUGGUUGAAAUUUCAUGAUUGCAGCCGUCGUCUUCUGUCGCUGUGAGGGGUCAAGGAGAACCGCGAAUACUACACCUUCUCUGUUACUACUCGAUGAGAAUUGGAGCUGGAAAUGAAUCACAAUCGGAGUAAGUUCACGUCGUUCAACGAUCUGAGCGGGGUAAAUCUGAGCCGCACGCUUAGCAGUCCGGUAGCGGAAUCGACACACCUGAAAGGGCCGAAUAACCGGAGCGGGUUGUUUGCUAGUCCGGCCAAAGUGGUGGGUGGAAGUGCCAAGCGGAAACCAACGUCACCACUGUUCAACAGUAGGACCACCUUCAAAAGCAGUGGGAACCUGAGCUCGGUGGGAUUCAGUCGGAUCGAUCCACAAGUUUACACGGAUGCUCAGAGCCGGGGUUUGGUCAACCGCUUGGUAAAGUACCAUGACAGGACACAAUCACCACUGAAUCGGAGCCAGUCGAUGACCAGUGUGUACAACAAACCGGGCCAGUUCCCGGUGGUGCAUUUGAAGAAAACCGAAAUCAAAUAUUCGCCCCGGCGGAACAAUUCCGUGACGUCGGUUCGAAUUGCGCCACCGGAGAAGUCCGUCUUUCAAGCGAACACGCGAUCGAACAUCUUGAGGGCGGGAUCGCUACUGGUUCCAGCGGAGCCCCAUUUGAAUAGGACGAGGGGACCUCAGCCGGAGGAUGAAAUCGACGCAGAGAACAGAGUUAUCGCACCGACCGCGGAACUGGAUGCGGCACCGACAAAGAGUGUCCUGGAUGCCUUGAAGGAAAUUUCUCGGAAGCGGAUAAAUAACGAAGAACUGGAUGCGGACCGGAUCAAAAAGCAGUGCAAGGAACUGUCGGAGGUCGAUUCUGGAGGGGGCGGCGGAACAAAACGAGCCAGAGAACUUCCGUCAUCAGCUUCGCCACCCUUGAAGGGUUCCAGCGAACAGUUGCAGAAGAAGCGAUUAUGUUGUAAGAACAAUGAUAUUCUAAGCUCGUUGAGUUCCAGUUUGGUGAUGAGUACGCCCAAAAGGGUUGAGCCGAUUCCGUCGAGGCCACGAGGAUUGAAUAUGGAUCAAACUUUUGCUACCAAUGUGGCAACUCCAGUUGGACUGAAUACUACAGUAGCGACCGAGAGGAUGAUUGAGUCGCGAGAACCGGCCUUGCUGACCCGAAUCGAGUCUGCACCGUUGCCACAGAUAGUGAGGAGUGUACCGGAAAUCGUCCCCGCAGUGAGGCCAAAACCAACCCAGCCCAAAAUUACUCUGUUCAACAAAAAGUAUGACGAGACGUUGGUGAGGCCAGUGGUAAGCGACAACGAAGAACAAGACGAUGACGAAGAACUAGGCGGCCGGAUCAGUUUCAUAAAGCCAAAAGAGAAGUCACCGAUUUUGAACAGUGAUAAAGCCGCUUUGAAGCAGGUUGAGAAAUCGAAGCUUUCGUUGAUUCUCAGCUGUCUUAGCGAGGAUAACGACGAUGAAGAAGAGCCCCCGAAAAUGGUCAUGAAUUCUCACACUGUGUUCAAAGAUACGGUGGAUGCACCGAAACCGCUACCGAAGGUCGAGGAAAAGAAACCGGAAGUGACGAUCCCCAAACCACCCAGUGGAAUUGCCGCUUUGAUCAGUGAACCCAUCAAAGACCCUGGCUUGGGUAAAAUUGAGCCUCCCAAACCGUCGAUACCCAAAGCAAGUGAGCCACCUAAACCAGCCGAAGGAUUCAGCUUUGGAACACCAGCCAAGACGACAGAUCUUAACGCUACCUUCAAUUUCCAAACCCCAACGAAACCUGUUGCUGCUCCCGUGGAAUCAAAGGCUCCGGAGAAAGCGAAUGGGGGUUUCACAUUCGGAACCACUGCAGCCGUCUCAACUUCCAGCGCUCCGAAAAGCGAUGCUCCUCCAGCCUACAGCUUCGCCACGGCCAACACCAAUUCCGCUCCGGCCAUGGCAACACCAUCCGGCUUUGGCUUUGGGAAAUCUCCACCAUCGUCAGCCGCCAUCACUACAAAUACAACCACCGCAACUCCCAGCUUGAUCAGUUUCUCACCGGCGCCAACGUCCAAGAAUGAGCCGCCAAAGAGUGGCUUUUCGCUUCUACCAGCCAUUUCUACCAAUGCGUCAUCCGGAAGCCCUCAAAAUACCUUGAGCACCGCUAAAUCGUCCAUCCCAGCAUUCGGAAGUGGUUCCGGAUUCAGUGCUUUCAAGCCUCUGUCACCUACCGCUUCCUCUACUGUAACAACAACCCCUGCAUCGGCUGCGGUUCCAUCUUUCGGAACCAUCACGGCAUCUACUCCCGCUACAACCAGUCCAGCUGCCACCCUCUCCUCUACUGGUGGCUUUUCUUUCGGAACUGGCACUUCCCUGAAACUAACGACAGCGAUAUCCACCGCAACAACAACCACAAGUGCUUUCUCCUUUGGCGCGGCAACUCCUGUGGCUCCCACGCCAGCAACAGUAACUCCUGCUGCUUUCGGAGCUACUUCCGCUGCACCGAAAUUCGGCUUCGGAUCAACUACUUCCUCUACCGUUCCCUCGUUUGGCGCCCCAACGACGACAGCCACCACAGCGGCACCUUCAUUCGGUGGUUUCUCAGCAAAGGCCGCUCCUCCUACGACGGCACCUCCUGCCUUCGGUAGCGUGGUCAGUUCCAGCAAUUCCACAGUUACUUCACCCUCAGCGGGCAUAUUCGGAGGCUCAGCAGCUCCCGCCAAACCGACCACGUUCGGUCAAGUGCCAUCCGCCGCUAACUCCACGUUUUCAUUCGGUGCCCAAGCGCAACCUGCGGCCUCCACCACCACCAGCAACACCGGGGCAUUUUCCUUUGGAGGGGCAGCAACGUCAGCACAAACGGCCACAACGACAGCAGCACCUGUGGGCGCUACCGGAAGCAACAUUUUCGGCAAUGCCAGUAACAGCACAGCAGCACCGAGUUUCGGUGCGGUACCUUCGUUCGGUACAAAUCCGGCGCCGACAUUUGGUGCCACCAGUCCCCCUGCGUUUGGUGCUUCCACUACCAGCGCUGCACCGGUGGCCAGCGGAUUUGGGGCACCACCUGUGUUUGGUGGUAGUUCCGGUUCGUUAGCUACUUCCGCUAAUACAAGUUCCGUAUUUGGUGGCUCUUCAUCGGUCACGUCGCCAUUCGGUGCAACCAACUCGACACCGGCAGCAUCCACCACUAACUUAUUCGGUGCUGCCAGUUCCAACAAUAAUCAAUCCAACGUCACAUCCUCAACUCCGGCUCCGUUCUCGUUCGGUGCCGCGGCAGGCUCGACAUCAACUGCAGCACCAGCAAAUAAACCUUUUGCAUUUGGAGGAAUCGGCACCGCAAGCACCAACAAUAGCAACAACAGUGUCCUCAACUCAUCGGUCUCGUCUGGCAACCUUGCUAAAGCCAGCAGUUUCAGCUUUUCUGCAGGAUCGAAUUCCACAGCACCAGCACCGGUAGCCCCCCAAGCUUCGUUCAGCUUCGGGAAUGCCACCAAUAGUUCUGCCGCCCCUCCACCAGCCUUCGGCAGCAGCACUGGCAACACUUCUUUCUCCUUCAACGCCAAUGCCACCAACAACACCACCACGAGCAACCAAGCUGUCGUGAAGCCGUUCUCGUUCGGGACACCGGCUCAAUCUGCUCCUGCUCCUUCCGCAGCUGGUGCCGGAAUCUUCGGUGCUGCUGCCGCAUCCCCACCGCCAGCAUUCAAUUUCUCCGCCGGAUCGAACGCCGCUGGCAGCACUGUGGGCGGCGCCACCCCAGCACCAGCAUUCUCAUUCACCGGUGGUGCUGCGGCAGCACCAGGAGGUCCCUUUGCGAUGCCCAACGGAACGGCACCGGGAGGGGCACCGAUGUUCAGCAUAGGAACCGGUGGCGGAAGCAAUCUGCCUCCCGGGCGGAGGCCCAUUCGGACGGCAACCCGCCGGCUCAAGUGAUCGCAGAGAUAAGGAACGUAACGGUUUAGAUGUGUAAGUAUUUGAUACUGUAAAAUUCGUUUGGAACUUCAUGUAUUUUUGUGUACAGAAGAGAAAGCUUAUUGCAGAUCCAAUGUUUUCUAUUUUGGUCAAUGGCAUAUUAUACAGUCUCGUUUUUUUUUUCUUUACGUGAAAAAUCUACUUGUGGAACAAAAAUUCUGCUAAUCAGAAGGACGAUUGUGUGCUCGUCAAAUCAUUAUGUAAUAAAGCUAGACCAACUGGUGAUAUAUUUAACAAAGAA